GUGUUUUUUGCUCGGGUUUUUGAAGAAGUUGGUUGGUCUAGAUUUUUUGUUGGGUUCGUCGUAUUUCAUAGUGGUUGUCAGUAUUUAACAGCUUGAUUUGGAAGAGCUGCAAUGGAUUAUGAACUUUCUGAUAGCAGUGGAACUGACGAUGACCUUCCACCAUCACAUCGAAAUAGAUUCCAGAGUGGGGUACGCCCUGCUGGGAAUGGAAGAUCUACAGCGGUUGGUUCUACGUCAAUACCUAGGUUGCAUAGUGAUAUGGAAACUCAAAUACACAACAUCGAGCAAGAAGCAUACACUUCAGUUUUGCGGGCAUUUAAAGCCCAAUCUGAUGCCAUCACUUGGGAAAAGGAGAGUCUAAUUACAGAACUCAGGAAAGAGCUAAGGGUAUCAGAUGAGGAGCACAGGGAGCUCCUAUCCAGGGUUAAUUCUGAUGACAUCAUCCGCAGGAUAAGGGAAUGGAGAAAGACAAAUGGGCUCCAACCUGGCAUGCCAAGCACAGCCCAACCUGCUCACGAUCCCUCUCCUAGUCCCACUGUUUCAGCAUCACACAAGAAGCAGAAGACAUCACAGUCAGUCGCUUCAUUGUCUAUGGGGGCACCUUCUCCUGCAUUGCCAUCUAUGCAACCAUCUUCGUCAGCCUUUAGACGGGGUCCUCCGCCAGGACCUAGGAGCAAGAAGCCCAAAUCAUACCCUUCUGCAGGUUUGACUGGAAGAGCCCAAGCUGCUAAUCGGAGUUCUUCAGGUGCAUUUGCAGCAAAUGAACCUGCAGAGGCUACCAGUUACGAUCUGAUUGGGAGGAAAGUUUGGACACGUUGGCCUGAAGAUAAUCACUUCUACGAGGCUGUCAUAACUGACUACAAACCAGCAGAGGGAAGGCAUGCUUUGGUUUAUGAUAUCAAUACAGCUGAUGAAACUUGGGAAUGGGUUAAUCUCAAAGAGAUUUCCCCAGAAGAUAUUAGGUGGAAGGAUGAGGAUCAAGGAGUUUUUCGUAGAGGUGGCCGGCCUGGACCAGGCCGUGGGAACAAGAAGUCUAUGGCACAUGGUGGAGGACUUGGUGGUGCAGGAAGAGGUAGAGGAACCAUGAAGGGGCAGUCUAGAAAAGAAUUCCCGUUGGCACAAAACGGUAUAGGAAGGAAGGCUUUGGAUGAUAUUGAGAUACUUCAUACGGAUACUCUCAUCAAGGAGGUGGAAAAAGUAUUUAGUGCCAACCAUGCAGAUCCAAUGGAAAUUGAGAAAGCAAAAAAAGUGCUGCAAGAACAUGAACAAGCCCUGGUUGAUGCAAUUGCUAGGCUUGAGGAUGCCUCUGAUGGUGAAAGCGAUGAGGGAGAACAUCCAUUUUCCCAUGGACAAUCAAUGGACCAAAACUCAUGGAGAAAGCUACCAUAUGAUGAAAGAUGGCAACGAGAGUUGGAUCUCAUGAACAUCAAGAUGAUGGCGGCAGUGAGACAUGACCUUUAAGCUUAUCGCUGACAAUUAUCCUGAUUGUGAUUGUAUCAUAGGACUUGAUUGAUCCAAGGCUUCUAGAUUAUAAUUAGUGAAAGAUAUAGUUGGGCAUUACUGUAAUUUUAGUUUCAUUCGAGUGUUGGAAAAUGCUUAUGAUGUAAAUUAUAUUCAUCUAGAGUGAAUAACCUUUAUACUGUCUAAA